AUGUGCUCUUUGAUAAUCACGACAGGAUCUAAGUGAAGUUCACUUGUGGAGUGAUUGAUGUAAAUUUGACUUUUUGUUGUACAAUGCCCUUAAAUUGGUGAUCCCUUGUAGGCUGUUAUGAAUAUCUAUUAGAAGAUCAAUGACAUGACUCAGUCGUUGUAUAUUAAAUCACGUAAAUCUAAAAUUUAUAAAACUAGAAAAUAUGAUUUUUCAGAUAUUUAGAAGUAUUUCUGAAUAAAUAUAUUAAUUAUAAUUUCAAUAAAACUUCCAAAAAUAUCGGUAAUUUUUCAGGUCGAUCACAGGGAUGUAAUAUAAUAUUUGGUAAUUAUUCAGAUUUUUUCUCAAUGAAUACGAUUUUCUAUAAAUUUUAUACUAGGAAAUGAAAAGAAAAUAUAUUUAAAGCUCACGAAAAAAGGAAAUAAGGGUGCAAACGUCAGGAUGACGUCAGUGCCUGGCGAACGCGAAUCGGGUGGAAACAGAGUUCUGCCCGGCGAUUCUUACGUAAGCGAUUACAGACGAUUUAAUUAAUCAAAUUAAGAUCUAUAAAAGCUGAAAGAAUCGUAAUUGAAUGAAAUAUAUUUUGGUAAAUUAAAAUCACACAAAGUAUCACUAAAUGAAGCGUAAAUUAAGUUGAAAGCAAGAAAAUAGAGUUCCGGCGUCGCAACGGCAAUGGGUCGGCGAUGUACCGGAAUCCUGAGCGUUCGGGAGGAUUGUCGUGCAGUGUCCACAGCCUCAAAGGCUCUCCUUGGACAAAGACGAUGUGGGUAAUCUCUAGAUCUCUUUUCGAAGUCUAGAGAUCAAUGAAAUGGGUCGUCAACUCAUCUCCGGCAGCUGUUACCUGGCAGAGCAGAAAAACGGCGACUUUGCGGCUCUCUGGCGGCUGUCACCCGACGGAGAGGAACUGGAUGGAGGUGGGGCGUGUGUCAGGGAGCUUCAUCCUCAAGUCCACGCAGCAAGAGGAGGCUCUUCAUCACAUCUGGUAUGCUCUCAGGAGGUGGCGACUCGUCUCCCGGCGGAUCGUCCUCUUCCCGAUGACGGUUUGUUCAUCGAUCAAUCAGAGAUGAUUUACUUGAUGGAUUCACGAUCCUUUUAUCGCGAAUCGUUCAGCAAUUUUAGUAGCAAUGCUCCGCGAAUCGCAUUGACGAGAUUUUCACUGAUGAUCCAUCAAUUCUCGUUGUUUAAUCCUUCACCGAUGAUCUAUAGGAAAGUUGUGAUAAUCAAAUAAAAAUAUAUGAAUUUUGACUCUGGGAGGAUUCGAACCUGCGCCGGUUGUCCGCCUCUUCUGAGGAAGGUGUGAUGUGGGUUUAGUCCCACAUCAAUUGUGCGCCGAUUUUUCAAGCGAAUAUAUAGGUUACAUUUCUAAGGAAAGUUCCUUCUCUCGCGUGUAUGACCACUCCUUGCCCCACAGCCGGCUGGCCACCGGUGACGUGGAAGGGGAGUGGCGCACACAUACUCCUAUCGGUCUAAGCCACUCGAGCCCUUGCUCGCGGCUACUCCCUGACUGAGCUUCUGACCCGCUUGCGGGCCCGGUUGGCCGGCGGGGUCCCCCUCAUUUUAUCUUUUUUUUAUUUUUUAUUUCUUUUUCUUCAUUUAUCUCAAAAGCAAGAUUGUAAAAAUCAUAUAAAUUCAUGUAAAAUCACAUAAUUACCUAAAAAUUCACAUUAAUCAACUAAAAACCACUUUUCACACUUUAACAUAAAUAUAAGUCUAUUUAUCAUGAGAUAAGAUUAAAACUAUAUUAUUUACUAAUUAUUAACUCAUGAUAAUGAAGACUUAUCACACCCCCCAACUUAAAUCAUUGCUAGUCCCUUAGCAAUGGAAUUACGAAAAUAAAAAUUUACAAAUCUCAAACAUCAUAUUUUAAUACAGAAAAAAAAAUACAAUUAGAAAUGAUACACCUUUAAACACUUUGGAUUCUUAUAUCAAGUAUUUAAGAAUAAUGUCAAGCACUUAAAUGUUUAAACACUCCUUGGAAUAACAAUCUAGACUUCACUUCUUCUAUUCACAUCUUUAUCACUUCUUCACUCAUAGAUGUAUUUACAAGAUGUUCCAAUUAUCAAUACUCAUCCAAGAAUAAUAUUGAUCCUACAUUUCCCUUUUUCUAUGACUUGAUUUUUGAAGUUUGCACUAUAUUUCUUCCUUCUUUUUUUCUUUUUUUUUUAUAUAUAGUGGAUAAGUAGCUUUUUCUAUAGACAAAUUUCGACAAUAAGAAUGAUGUCUCACACCCUCUAUGUGUACUCUUCAUUUUCAGGGCUUUCACUUUAUCUACUUAUUUUGCAGCAAAUGUUUUCUAUGCACGAUUUUCGACAAUGAGAAUGAUGUCUCACACCCUCUAUGUGUACUCUUCGUUUCUAGAUUUUUCACAUUGCUCUCUCUUUUUUUUUUUUUUUUUUCGAAAUAAGUGAUUUCUCUUCACAAGUCCUAUAGAUCAGGAUGUAAAAAUCUCCAUUAAACUCAAAUGAUCAAUCAAAUUUUCACAUCAAGUAAAUACUAUCCAUCAAGAUCAUGAAGUGAAAAUCUGUAAAAUCAAAUCCAUAUUAUCUAUCAUGUAUCCAAGGAGUAUUCCAACAUUUCAUGCUACUAGAUCAUUCUUUUGACUCAAUAAUAAUCUUUCUAGUAUCUUUUGGUAUCAAUCAAUCUAAUUGAUUUAAUUUUUCAUGCAUGCAAUAUGAUGUAAGAAAUUUGUAAAUUAGAUAGUUCUGAUAGUUCUAUUUUCUAUUUUUAGUUCUAUUUUAGCAGCAAUAAAUUUGCCAAAAAUAAAUCAAAACUAUCUUCUUUAUAGCUGUAAUUUCGAAUUUCAGUAAUAUAUGUCUAGGGGAUUGAAAUGUGAGAAAAAGGUCUCUAUAAUUUCAAAUUUCAGGUUGUUUUUUCAUUUGCUAUUUUUGACAGUCUGUUGUUCUUGACAAAAAACCAGAAAAUAGAUGUUGUAAUUCUUUCGAAUUUUAUUUUAUUUUUAUUUUUUUAGUUUCUGUUCUAAGUUGAAUAAAAUGCAAACAUAUGUUCUUAAUCAUCUUACAACAUAAAUUAAUAAUGAAUACUUCACCCCCCAACUUAAAAAUGACAUUGUCCUCAAUGACAUAGAAAAAUCGAAAUAGAAUAUGCAGAAAAUAUAAUUUUCACGUGAAGCAUGCAUAUAUGCAAAGUUAAGCAUUAAAAAUGUUGUCAUAAAUGAUAAAGCUCCGAAAGACAUCACCUCAACCUCGUUUUUAAUUUUCCACUUCGUCUUACACUCCUCUUCCUGCACUUUUUCGAAAAAACAAAUACAAAAACAAGUACUGCGAAAUUCUAAGAAAAAUAGAGCUUAAAAAAAUCAAAUAAAAUGAAAUAAAAACCAUAGGUUGCCUCCCAUGCAGUGCUAAAUUUAAUGUCUUCAGCUGGACAGCUCUUAGAUCAUAUAAGAUGAUCUAUGGCCAUCAAAAUAUAUUUGUAUCCCAAGGUAAGUUUCAUGAUAUUCUUUUUCAGAUUUAGCAUAAAUUCAUAUACUUCAUAUAUAUACCUUGAUAUACUUUCAGGCAAAACAAAAUGGAAAUUAACAAAAUCUUCCCAAAAAUAAUAUUUUCAUUUUGAAAAGAAUUUUUCCUCAUUUCUAUCUUGUUUCGUAAGGCUCUCAUUCAUUAAUAAAUAUUUUAUAUUAAUAGACCAUAAAAUGUGAUCAGGCCAUAUAAUUUUCAAAUUAGCUCUUACCCAAUCUAGAAUUUUUUCAUUUAAAUUGAUAUCUCUAAUUCUUCCACUCACCCAUUUCUUAAUGUGUUCUUUUAUCUGCAUAAUCUUCCCCUGUUCUGUUUUAUCUUCCAUACAUAUUUAUUCAAUUUGUGAGGAGUGAAAUAUUUCAAGCUUAGAAAUAAUUCUAAUCGGCUGUGGAUUUUGAAGGAUGGAAGGAUUGUCUUCUUUAAUCUUAGAUCUAAUGAAUUCAGUAAAAUUCAAAUUUUCUCCUCUAAAAUUAUCUCUAUAUUCCAUUCAUUAUUUUCAUUUCUCCUCAUUAGUUGAAUCAACUCUUUUUCUAGCUUUUCGUUUCUCAACUCAUCAAAUUCUUCAUCUUCCCAAGAGCUAUCUUUUAAUUUCAGUAUAUGAUAUACAUCAUCAUCAACAUCCAUGGCUGCAAAAUUAUGAUUAGAUUUAUUAAUUUCGUCUCCUACAUCUCCCAAAUCAACUGAUUUUUCCUCACCUGAAAUAUGUUUUUCUUCAUUUGUGUCCUUACUCCCUUCUACUAAAAUUUGGAUAAUUUUUCCAUGAUCAGCUGCUGUUUCUUCAUCUAAGGGCUCUUUCUCCUCAUCAUCCUCACUAUAUUCAUUCAUCAAUUGUGAGCAAUAAAUAAUUUUAUUCAAAUUUUCUACUACUAUAUUUUCAGCCUUAAUAUUCUCAUUUACUUCUAAUAGCUCAUCAAUUUCUUGUAAUAAUUAGAAAUAAGGAUCAGGUAAAAUAUUCUCAAUCAAUGUAUUCACUGUCCUAAUAUUUUUAUUUCAUGGGUUUUUUUCUAAAUUUAUCCAGCUAGACUCUCUUUGCUGAAAUCCUAUUGUUGGAUAGUUUCCUGAAUUUUCUAUGAGCUAACUAGGUGGUUGUCCCUCUUCUCUCUUAUUCCCAAGAGCCUCUAUAAUUUGUUUCUGGUGCAGCAUCAUUUGAUUCAUAGUUUGUUACAUCAUUUGGCUCAUUUGCUACAUCAUUUCCAUAGCAUCAGGUUGGAUUUGAGAGGACUAAUUUUUCUGAAAUCUAUGUUCCUAUUUUGGACGAAAUUCAAAAUGUGAAUUGGAUCUAAGUGCUUCUACAUUUUGAAUAUUAUUUGGGUUUCUCCACGAAAAAUUAUUCCCCCAAUUAGGAUUAUAAGAAUUAGAAAAAUAUUCUCUAUUUUUACUAAAAUCGUGGGCUACCUGCACUUGUUCUUGCCUAUGAUGAUAUUGAAAUUUGAAAUGAUUAUUUUCACCAUACAUAUGACCUGUACCAUUUGAAUUAAAUUGAGGGUUAAGAGGCUUUCUAAUAUUGUCAAUAAGCAAAUCAAGUUUUUCAAAUCUUUGAUUAAUCUGAUUAACCUCAUUUCUAAAUUUAGAUUCAUUAUCAUGAUGCAAUUCAUGAAUUACUCUCUUCUUAUCCCUGUCAUAUAAUUCAAAAGAGGCUUGAUCUCUAGAAUUUUCACUUAAAUUCUCAUAAAGACUGUAAAUCUCAUCAGGGGUUUUCUCCAUAAAAGCUCCUCCACAUAUAGAAUCAAUAAUAUUUCUAUGUUGUUCUAAUAAUCCAUCAUAAAAAAAUUUAUUGAGCUGCCACUUGAGUAUAACAUGAUGAGGACACUUUCUAAGUAAAUCUUUGAAUGUUUCCUAUGUCUCAUGUAAAGUUUCUCCUGGUCUUUGGGAAAAAUUCCAUAUAUAUUUUUUCAUAUUUUGAGUUUUUCCUAAGGGAUAAAAUUUUCGAAGAAAGGGUUGUUCUAUGUCUUUCCAGCUAGUUAAUUAUCUAUCUAAUGUGGAUAGCCAAUGGUUAGCUUUGUCCCUAAGUGUAUGAGGAAAUAAUUUCAUCUUAAUAAUUUCCAGUGUAACUUGAGGGAGAUUAACUAAAUCACAGACCAUAUGAAAUUUUUCUAAGUGCUGAUGAAGUUCUUCUAAAGGCAAUCCAUGAAAAUUAGGGAGCAUUUGAAAAAUUCCUAGAUUUAUUUCGAAUUUAACAUUGGGUGUUAAUAGGACUCUAAUAUUGGAUGCUCUUUGAAAUGAAUCAGGGAUAUAAUAAUUUUUCAUGGCCAUAAGGAUUGUUCUCAAUUUAACCUGUACUUUCUUCAAGAUCUAUCAAAAUUAAUUUUUCUUUCGGAUUUUUAGUUUUGAAUGAAAUAAUGAAAGAAUUUUCUAGCCUUGGAUGUAAGGAUCUUCUACCAUGUAUAAAAAAUCAAUGAAUUCGAGAGAAAAGUUUAUUAAUUAUUACCCUCCUUCAGUAUGCUCCAGUCCUUGCCUUGUUUCUUUUUGUUCCCUUUUUCUAAAUAAAAAAAAUUCGGCAAGAAGAAAAUAAAAUAAGAGUUUUUUUUUUAUGUACUCUAAGAAAAAAACAGAAAAAUACUAAAUAUUAUGCAAUACAACCCUGGCAACGGUGCCAAAAUUUGACGUGACUCAGUCGUUGUAUAUUAAAUCACGUAAAUCUAAAAUUUAUAAAACUAGAAAAUACGAUUUUUCAGAUAUUUAGAAGUAUUUCUGAACAAACAUAUCAAUUAUAAUUCAAUAAAACAUCCAAAAAUAGCGGUAAUUUUCCAAGUCGAUCACAGGGAUGUAAUAUAAUAUUUGGUAAUUAUUCAGAUUUUUUCUCAAUGAAUACGAUUUUCUAUAAAUUUUAUACUAGGAAAUAAAAAGGAAAUAUAUUUAAAAUUCACGAAAAAAGGAAAUAAGGGUGCGGACGUCAAGAUGACGUCAGUGCCCGGCGAAUGCGAAUCGGGCGAAAAUAGAGUUCUACCCGGCGAUUCUUACGUAAGUGAUUACAUAUGAUUUAAUUAAUCAAAUUAAGAUUUGUAAAAGUCGAAAGAAUCGUAAUUGAACGAAGUAUAUUUUGGUAAAUUAAAAUCACACAAAGUAUCACUAAAUGAAGCGUAAAUUAAGUUGAAAGCAGGAAAAUAGAGUUCCGGCAUCGCAACGACAAUGCGUCAAUGAUGCACUAGAAUCCUAAGCAUUCGGGAGGAUCGUCAUGCAGUGUGCACGGCCUCGAAGGCUCUCCUUAGACAAAGACGACGUGGGCUAUCUCUAGAUCUCCUUUAGAAGUCUAGAGAUCAAUGAAAUGGGUCGUCGACUCAUCUCUGGCGGCUGUCACCCGGUGGAGCAGAAAAACGGCGACUUUGCGGCUCUCCGGCGGCUGUCACCCGACGGAGAGGAGCUAGAUGGAGGUGGGGCGCAUGUCAGGGAGCUUCAUCCUCAGGUCCACGCAGCAAGAGGAGGCUCUUCAUCACAUCUGGUAUGCUGUCAGGAGGUGGCGACUUGUCUCCCAGCAGAUCGUCCUCUUCCCGACGAUGGCUUGUUCGUCAAUCAAUCGAAGAUGAUUUACUCGAUGGAUUUGCGAUCCUUUUAUCGUGAAUCGUUCAGCAAUUUUAGUAGCAAUGCUCCGCAAAUCGCAUUGAUGAGAUUUUCACCGAUGAUCCAGCGAUUCUCGUUGUUUAAUCCUUCACUGGCGAUCUGUAGGAAAGUCGCAAUAAUCAAAUAAAAAUAUAUGAAUUUUGACUCUGGGAGGAUUCGAACCUGCGCCAGUUGUCCGCCCCUUCUGAGAAAGGUGUGAUGCGGGUUUAGUCCCACAUCAGUUGUGCGCCGAUUUUUCAAGUGAAUAUAUAGGUUACAUUUCUAAGCAAAGUUCCUUCUCUCGCGUGUAUGACCACUCCUUGCCCCACAGCCGGUUGGCCACCGGUGACGUGGAAGGGGAGUGGCGCACACGUGCUCCUAUCGGUCCAAGCCGCUCGAGCCCCUGCUCGCGGCUACUCCCUGACUGAGCUUCCAACCCACUUGCGGGCCCGGCUGGCCGGCGGGUCCCCCUCAUUUUGUCUUAUUUUUAUUUUUUAUUUCUUUUUCUUCAUUUAUCUCAAAAGCAAGAUUGUAAAAAUCAUAUAAAUUCAAGUAAAAUCACAUAAUUACCUAAAAAUUUACAUUAAUCAACUAAAAACCACUUUUCACACUUUAACAUAAAUAUAAGUCUAUUUAUCAUGAGUUAAGGCUAAAACUAUAUUAUUUACUAAUUAUUAACUCAUGAUAAUGAAGACUUAUCAAUAAGUAGUGCUGAGAAUUAUUCUACUUCACACUUCUUAGUCGGCAACUAUGAGCAAAUAUGGAAUUGCCUAUGGGUUUUUCUUAAAUUCAAGUAACAUUAUUUUUUUAUAAUAUUGUUAAGAUCACAAUGUAACACUAACUUUGCAGUGUCAAGACCUCCCAACAAACUGUUGUUUAGAGGAAGAAUAGAUCACGACUAG